UGAAGAAUUCAUCUUCAAAAUGAAAACUGUUUAUUGGUCGCUGUUUUUAUGUUCUCUCGUGGUUAUCAUACUAAAACCAGCUGAAGUGGACUCGGUGAUUAAUUGCCAUGUCUGCAACUCCAACUACAAUGCAUCGUGCGCUACCGUGAGUAAAUCAUCAACGGAUUACUUAGAAGCCUGUCUACCCGGUGAACAAUUAUGUAGACUGGUAGUCCAGACAGUUGAUGAUAUUACACAGAGGACAAUUCGAGAGUGUGCAGAAACUGGUUCACUUGGUUGUAAAAGAGUAGCAAGUACAAUAUCUGAUUUGGAGGGAAUCACGUGCCAUUGUAAUACAGAUGGAUGCAACAAUGCCCCAUACAUGAACGCAAACUUGACGGCCAUCGUGACAGCCUUCGUUAUGUGUAUUAUUGCUACAAGGCUCCACCAUUAAUGGCAAUCUUGGACAAUAGAUUUCAAAAAGCAACCAAAAAGAACUAAAAACUAUAUACAUAAAUUUGUGGCUUUGAGAAAAUUAAACUAUGUACAGCCUUUGCUCGUAAAUAAACUGGACUUCAUAUAUUUAAUGGAGUCUUGGUUUUGAUUGUCUGUACGUGUACAUGACCAUGAGUUUGUAUUAUUAUAUACCCCAAAUGUAUUCUAGAUGCUCAUUGGCUUAUUCAUGGCCACAUGAUAUGAAAUAGAUGAACUAAUUCCCUGCAAAGUUCUAAAGCCCUGCUAUCAGGGAAGAUGAAAUGUACUAUCACCAAUUAGGUCAUGUGACCAGUCAUUAGUAGGGGUCACACGGUUUGAGAUUUCUCGGUUCGGUUCGGUUAUUGUAUUUCACAGUUCGGUUCGGUUCUGAUUGCGGUUCUCACG